AUGCUCGCAUCGAUGCGCUUCUUCCUCCGGUUCAUCGAUCUAGAGGAGCAGUUUGAUGCGUAUGGGUUCCAAAAGAAAUAUGGCGCAACUUUCAAGAUCAACUCUAAACGAGAAGCCUACACGGACUUCUCCGCCUCUCUCGGACCCGGAGGCUACGCCUGGAACGUCAUCCGCUCCGAGGCAGACGAUCUCAUCUUCCGCUACGCCGGCGAACAGGGGGCGCAUAUCUUCGACGGGACCAAGGUUGACGAUAUUGAGUUUCUGUCAUACGACGGCGCCGACGGGGCGAAUUUCACUCCGGCCGCUUUUCUCGUCAACCCUGGCCGUCCGGUGGCGGCGACAUGGUCUCGCAAGGAUGGCACCCGUGGUCGGAUCAAAUUCGAUUACCUGAUUGAUGCGUCGGGGCGCGCCGGAAUUAUUUCCACGAAGUAUCUCAAGAACCGCACGGUUAAUGAGGGGCUCCGUAACAUUGCAAACUGGUCCUACUGGAAGGGCGCUAAGGUGUACGGCGAGGGCAGCGACCAACAAGGGUCCCCAUUCUUCGAGGCUCUUACGGAUGGCAGUGGCUGGUGCUGGGCAAUUCCGCUGCACAACGGCACUCUGUCCGUUGGCGUGGUGAUGCGCCAGGAUCUGUUUUUCGGCAAGAAAAAGGCGGCCGGGUCACCGGGCUCGCUCGAGAUGUACAAGUUAUGCUUGCAGAGCGUGCCAGGGAUCAGCGGGCUGCUCGAAGACGCCGAGAUUGUCUCGGACGUGAAGAUGGCUUCCGACUGGUCGUAUAGCGCUUCCGCCUAUGCAGGACCGCAUUUUCGUGUGGCCGGGGACGCCGGCUGCUUUAUCGAUCCCUAUUUCUCAUCGGGCGUCCAUCUCGCGCUGGUAGGGGGCCUCUCCGCGGCGACAACGAUUCAGGCAGUCCGCCGUGGCGAGACCAGUGAAUUUAGCGCAGCCAAGUGGCACUCAAGCAAGGUUACCGAGGGAUAUACGCGGUUCCUUCUGGUAGUUAUGGCGGUGCUCCGCCAGCUGCGGAAACAGAAUGCAGCGGUCAUCACUGACGACAAAGAAGAAGGGUUCGAUACAGCGUUCGGGCUCAUCCAGCCUGUUAUCCAGGGGCAAGCAGACACUGGCGAAUCUGAACAGCAGCGCAUGGUUGCGGGAGUCCAGUUCUCGCUAGAGCGGUUCGGCCAAGCGACGCCGGAAGCCCAGCGGGCUCUUCUCGACAAGGUGCAGUUUGCGGGGCAAAAUGCGGAGGAGCUAGAGAAGCUAACCGCCGAUGAGUUGGCGGUGCUGCACAACAUCAUCGGCCGACAGCUUAAAAUGACUAAAGUGGAGAAGAAUCUGGAUAAUUUCACUCGUGAUGUGAUUGACGGUUGGGCGCCCCGAGUCGAGCGUGGGAAGUUGGGAUUGCAACGCGCCGACACAAGUAUCAUGACGGCGGAGAUGAAGGAUCUUUUCCAGUUGAACCGAUCCUUGGAUUCGACCAAAGCUGGCAUUCAACUACCAGCCUAA